CCCCCUUUUGAUCUUCAUAUGCCUGUCUCCGACUGCCUCGCUCGUCCGGAGCACGACCUUCCCCUUUCCUGACCCAGUCCAUUCGUUCCUUGUCGAGCUGGCCUCUCGCGUUAACAGCUGGACUGUCUCGACUUUUUAUACCUGGCUGGACCGUUCAUGUUGCUGCAGCAAUCCGCGCCCUUCACGAUUCUACGAACCAGCGAAUGUCUACACCCGCCUUUCUCCCUCAGGACAUCCAGAAUCCGCUUGCGGCAGAGUUUUUGCGGCACCCUGAUUUUCGUGCGACAGCGGGCUUCUUGCUGGGAUGGGUCUUUUGGUGCAGCGUGUCAUACGCGUACAGGUCACAAUUUUUCCAACUCCUGGGUCAUAUCUGCUGGAACUUCAUUCGCCGGACCUCUGCGCGCACGCAAACCGCCGAUGUCGAAGCGCGUACAUCUGCAAACCUGGAGAAGUAUUCCCGACGGGAGGAGGGCCGCCUGGCGGGCAUUCAGAAUAUCUCUAAUGAGGCGGCACUAGUCUUCACUCUGAACUUGUGCUUCGUUUUCGCGAGCUUUGCCGAGUUCUGCUCCAUACUGGCCUACGAUCCUGGAGGCGCGGAUACCGCUUGUGCUUUCACAGUCGCAUGGGCCAAUAUGGCCGCCCAGGCCGCGCGCCUCAUCGGUCUCGCCGUCCUUGUGCUGCACCUUAAACAGCGCAGUACAACCAACGUGGAGUUCUACUGCUUGUGCACCGCUCUCGUCAUCGCACUGUCGUUUAUAUUGGCUUUCAACGCCACUAACACAGGGGACAUGGUGUUCAUCCAGACGUUGGGGAUCGCCAUGUGUGUCAAGAUUCAGUUUUUGCCCACCGCCCUGCUCACCUCGAUUGGCUUCAUCCUCUUGGAGCUGUACGUUGCCAUUCGCUGUCUAGCCUGGGAGAAUCGCAAGUAUGGGUGGCGUGUCAUGGUCUCGCAGUCUGCCAAUCUUCAAGUCGCACGAGCAGUCAGCCUCCUACUUAUCGAUAUUCUAACCUUCGCCCCGAACGUCAUUCGCCUCAACGUGCUCGGCCAAUUUAUCCCUUUCAGCCUCGGAGCUCUGAUCGUGCUCAUGGCUUUCAACUACAAGGUCGAUAGUUUGGUAGCGCAAGAUCAGGACGCCGAACCGAUUCUGCCUACUUCUCGUGUUCCCACUCCCUUGCCAGUCACGCAACUUUCGCGCCAGGUUUCACCUGUUACGGUGCGCAGUUCCCCAGUCGGGUCCCCCAACCGCGGUGCUGCUGUGCUUGGUAGCCCCGGACCAUCGCGUCCUCCUAGAGGAUACAACAAGCCGCUGCCGCCUGUAACUGCCCCUUACAGUGCUCCGCCACGCAUUGGAGAUACGCCUAUGUUCGCCGACCUCCAAGCAAGGCAGAUUCUGCCCUUCCAGGUCAAGUAUGUCGAGCAGCUUGAAGAGCAGCUCCAACGGCACAUCCACACCGGGCCCAUCGUGCCUAGGCACCCGAAGCGACAGCGUCCUCACGUCCAAGUCGUGAUCGAGGACAUGGAGGCGGCGAGGCUCAGCAUCAUUGGUUCCGACAUUGUGCGCCUCUCCUCGGCGAAAACCCCCUCAAGGAGGGAGCGGAGGGACACGAAGGACACAAAGAUAUGGUCGCCCAGUACCACUGCGACCCCGUCCGACUACACCGUGUCACAGUCUUCCUCCGACGCCACGCCCACCGCGCGUUACUCGAAUCAGUCGACGUCGACGUUCGCGUUCAAUCGCACGACAAGCAGCAGUUCGCGUCAGAAGGUCUCAAGCAUGCUGUCCCGUCAAGGAAGCAGGAAUCUGCGCUCGCCGGGGGAAACGUCUCUUAAGUUGCCAUGGCGGAGUGCCCCGCGCCAGUCCUUCGCGUCGGGGAGGACCUUCGGCGGGCGAGACGAGCUGCCACCCGUCGCAGAAGCCAACGCGGAAACUUCUAGUGCCGGCCUAAAGACCGGUUCGUGGCGCGGAAGCCAAUCCUCCGCCGCUGCAAAGCGCUUGGUCAUUAGCCGUCCACACUCGUUGCGCGCCUCCCGACCAUCGAGCCCUCUUCCAUCGCGCCUUGGCCUCCAACUCCCCGGCCUUCCGUCGAGCCCGCGCCCCGUUUCCGCUCAGCACCUCACGGUCCCGGAUCGCGUGCGCACGCCCACCACGCCUGACACACCCUCGUCGUCGAUGCGGGGCUCCCCAGGGCAUGGUGUCCCGACGCCCUUGUCACCCCCGCUGACCUCGCACGAGCGCGCACAAGGCUCAGGCAGGCUGCGCGGGCCGAGGUCCCCGCCCAUGUCGGGCUCGUCGCCGAACCUGCGCAGUGCUUGGCCGACGACUGCGGACGGCGUGGAGGCACAAGACUUCACCCCAGGACAUACACGCAGGCGCAGCGGCAGCUGUCCGGAGCUACCCCCGCUCGACCUCGGAGCGAACAACCUGCGGUCCCACCCGUCCACUAAGCGGCAGCGGCCAUGAGUCGCUGUGCGCGGCCGCACUCUCCGAUGUUUUGAGCGGGGAUUAGUGUAUUGUUUGUGAUCACUAGUAGUACAUAUUGGAUACCCACUGUGCCCCUAAUCGUACAUUCAUUCCAAC